AUGAUACAGUGGAAGAAGUUUCCCUUCUUUGAAAAGGAAUUGGUCAAAGAAGAUGGAGCUCAAAACCCAAAUACUACCAUUCAAAAAAUGAAAAUAUCAUGUACAACAAGUGGUAGAGGUUGUUUGAUUGUAGGUGAUUCAGAAGGUUUCAUUUCAUUCUUUGAUAGAGAGAUGACUGCAACUUCAUUCCAUGCAUACCGUCAAUUUGUUACACAUCUUCAUCAACUAAGAGAGAGAAACUUUUUGAUUUCUAUUGGUCAUGAUGAUGCUGCCUCUAACCCAUUACUUCGUAUUUGGAAUCUUGAUAAAAAGGAUAAUGAUACUCCAUUAUGUGUUAGAGCUAUAAAGAUUGAAAGAACUGUUGUUAUUACAUCAUUGGCAGUAUUGGAGGAUUUAUCACAAAUUUGUAUUGGUUUUGCAAAUGGAGAAGUUAUAUCGAUUAGAGGUGAUAUAUUUAGAGACAAGGUUAUGAAGACUAAAGUGAUGAAACCACCUGGUGAAGAUCCAGUCACUGGAAUGGGUUUCAUGACAAAACAAACACCUCAUCCUGUAUUGUUUGUUGUUACUACUUCAAAGGUUUAUACUUAUAUUAGAGAUCAAGAGAUGAUAAUUGAAGAUGAAGGAGGAGCAGAGAUGGGAUGUUUUGUAAUGGGAGAUGAUCAAACACCUAUUAUUGGUAGAUCAGAUGCUAUCUAUUAUUAUAAUACUGAUGGACGUGGACCGUGUUUUGCAUUUAGUGGACCCAAGCAGAGACUGCUUUCAUUCCGUUCGUAUUUGGUGGUGGUGAGUCAAGAGUCGUCGGGUGGUGGUGGGUCGGGUAUUGGAUACCCAACAUCACCGAGCGGGUCCCAAGGAGGGUCGUUUGCCAAGCAACAGGUGACACUCAACAUAUACGACACCAAGAAUAGAUAUGUCGGCUUUACAGACAAGUUUGAGGGCAUUUCAUUCAUCUCUUGUGAAUGGGGCUCGAUCUUUAUCUUUACCACCGACAAUAAGCUCUUCCAACUCGAAGAAAAGGACACUCAGACCAAGUUGGAGACACUCUUUAAAAAGAAUUUGUAUAGUGUCGCCAUUGACCUGGCCAAGAGUAACCACUAUGACAAUAACUCCAUCUCGGAUAUUUACAGAAAGUAUGGCGACCAUUUGUACGGCAAGGGUGACUUUGACAAUGCUAUUGCUCAGUAUCUUUGUACGAUUGGAAAGUUGGAGCCGAGUUAUGUGAUUCGUAAGUUUUUGGAUGCGCAGCGUAUCCACAACCUCACCAGUUACUUGCAAGCACUGCAUGAAAAGAAUCUUGCCAAUGAAGACCAUACCACACUGCUACUCAACUGUUACACCAAGCUCAAGGAUGUCAAGAAACUCGACCAGUUUAUCAAGACAGAGUCAGAGAUGAACUUUAACGUCAUUACAGCCAUCAAGGUGUGUAGACAGGCUGGAUACCACGAACAUGCACUCUACCUCUCUCUCAAGCAUCGUCAGCAUGAUCUCUACCUCAAGAUUCUCUUGGAGGAUUUGGGUGACGAUCAAAAGGCACUAGACUAUAUCCAAACGCUCAAAUUAGAGGAAGCACAAAAGAAUCUAAAGACCUAUGGUAAAAUGUUGGUAUCGAAUUUGCCCGAGCCCACAACCAACCUUUUAAUGCGUAUCUUUACCGACUAUCAGCCAUCACACUCGAUUUCCUUCCCAUCGUCUUCGUUGCCAUCGCCAACUGCCUUGCCAGAGGUUCGAUCUGCAUUUUCAGAUUUUAAUUUUCAAGACAAGCAAAAGGCAACGCCUGAUGAAUUUAUCGAUAUUUUCGUCAAUCAACCCGAAUGGUUGAUCAAGUUUUUAGAGUAUAUGAUUCAAACUGGAAACGACUCUGCUCAAAUCUAUAAUACUCUUUUGGAAUUGUAUUUACGUGAUGAUAUGGGUCACCAUGGUAUGAAUGGUAAUCAUCUAUCUAAAACUCAAAAAGAAGAAAACAAAGCUCAACGUUUAGAAAAGGCUUAUGAAUUUUUAACAAAUCAAAAGAAUGGAUUUGAUGAAGAUCAUGCAUUGAUUCUUGCACAAGUACAUAAUUGGAAACAAGGAAUUCUUUAUCUUUAUGAAAAAUUGAAAUUGUAUAAUGAAAUUAUAGAGUAUCAUAUGGAGAAUAGUGAUUUUGAAGGUUUAAUUAAAGCAUGUAAAAAGUAUGGUGACAAAGAUCCAAAUCUUUGGGUACAAGUUUUAUCCUAUUUUGCAACAAACAAGGAAAAUUGUCAAAAUGAAAUUGCUGAAGUAUUAUCAAAUAUUGAUAAAGAUAAUUUAAUCCCACCAUUGUUGGUUAUUCAAAUUCUUUCACAAAACAAAAAUACUACAUUACAAGUUAUCAAGGAUUAUAUUUCAAGAAGAUUAUCACAAGAAACUCAACAAAUUGAUAAAGAUUAUGCAUCCAUUAGACAAUAUGCAGAGGAAACUGAUAAAAUGAGAAAUGAAAUUAAUGAAUUAAGAACAAAUGCUAAAAUAUUCCAACAAACAAAAUGUGUUGUUUGUCAAAGUCCACUUGAUUUACCAUCGAUUCAUUUCCUUUGUCAACAUAGUUUCCAUCAAAGAUGUCUUGGUGAUAAUGAAAGAGAAUGUCCCAUUUGUGCACCAGACAAUAAGAGAAUUCUUGAAAUCAAAAAGGCACAAUCUGAAUCUGCAGGUCAACACAAUCAAUUCUUUAAGGUUUUGGAAAGUUCUCAAGAUGGUUUCUCAACUGUUAGUGAAUACUUUGGUAGAGGUAUUCUUUCUUAA